UGAGAUUAUUAUUAAUAGUAAAGUACAUGAAAGGAGGUUAAAAUAGUUCAUGAAUUAAUGUGAAGAGGAAGAAAUAAGAUUAUAUAUGGAGAAGGAAAAAAAAAAACGAAAAAAUUGCAAAAAAUAAAAUCACAUAAUUCACCCUAAAACUGAACCGGAUCGGGACCAAGCCGGACAAUCCGAGUCCGAAAAAGUCUGUGAUUUUGAUUAUGGUCCAGUUUUGGACUGGUCCACCGCCGUGGUUGUGACAAAUUUGCCAAAGGAAGAUUAGGAAUUUUGGCAAGAUAGUGAGUUUCUACCAAGUCAAAGGCUGAAAAUUUGACUUUCGAUGAUUUUUUUUGUUCCCCACAAAAUACCGGAUAUCCCCCACCAAUUUUUUUUUUUAUAAACAAAUUUUCUUUCAAGAGUGAAUAUCAUAUUGAGCAAUAUUGCCGGGAGUGUAUGAUGGUAAUCCUAGAAUAAUUCUUCCCUUUUUCAUGGAGUUAGUAAGAUGUUUUGUAUGUUAGAUCUUGUUGGCAUAGAGGAAGGAAAAUCUUUGGGAUUCUGCUUGUAUGUCAUAUUGUGGGUGUUGUGAUUGAAGAGGAAUGAUUGGAUUUCCCACAAUCGAACUUCUCAUUGAGUCUCUUUAUGGGAAGGAGGCAUUGAGCAUGCCUUUGGUCUCUGAUUGGUCUAUAAGAAAACAAGAGUAUGCAGUACGUACAGCAGCACAGGUACAGUGUACACAAUCUUUAUGCAUGUCUUUGUAAGGUUUUCUCUGCGUGGCACUUAGAUUUAGUCGUUUAUAUACGCAGUCAUAUUGAUUAUAUACUAUUGUUUAUAAGACGCUAAACUUACUGGAAACUUCAGCACACCAAAUCGUCUAAUGCAGCAUAUAUUCUAUACAUUAUAGGCAAGAUGCUUUUAGAUGUAGUAAUACAUUUUUUAAAGCAAAAAAGGUUGGCGUUGCUGGUAUUUUCUGAUAGAGUUGGUAGCGCUGGACAUUGUUAUCUGCAUGGAUAGAAACUACGGCAGUUAUAUUUUAUCAAUAUGAUGCAUGAACUACAAAAUGAUUGACUUAAUAUGAGCUGGACAUGCUGGUGGGUGGAAGCAUUACAUGAACAUUGAGGAGAUAUUUAGAAGUUUCCAAUCAAGUUGGACUUUUUGGUUAUUUAGAAACAUGCCUUAUUAGCCAGUAUAUAUAAUCAGAUCAGGUAGAGAAGAUUUAGACAAACUUUUGAGGGUCAUUUGAACUUACCCCCAGAAAUCUCUUUAGCCAAAAGGAAACCAGAUGGCUGUUAACACUAAAACUGUCCACCAUUCUCGCUCGAAAAGCUCACCAAUCCAACCAACCCCUUUCCUAUUACAAUCCAAUGAUCAUCUGUACAGACUACAGUCUUCUGAAUGUGCCUCGACUUCGCAGCAAUUAAUUAGUUACAAACUUGAUAGCCUCUUACAUCUGCUUAGUAAUCAAAUGACUUGCAUUCAGCAAGAUUUUCCAACAGAACAGAAUGAGAACUUGGUUGAAUUCUUGUUAGACGGAUCUCUAUGGUUGAUAGAUGUAUGUGGGAACAUCAGGGAUGUAUUGUUGCAGACAAGUGAAGGAACACAAAGACUUCUAUCAGUUCUGCGUAGAAAGCUCGACAAACACGAAGUUGCCAGGGAGGUUAGUUCGUACUUCAAAUCAAGGAAAAUGAUCAAGAAAGUAACCGUAAAGUUAUUAAGGGCUGCAGAUAGCUUAGGAAAGAAAUUUAACAUAGAUUCCAUGAAUGAAAACCAGGAGGUUAUUUCCUUUCUACAUAUUCUGGAAAAGUCACAAUCAAUCUCUGUUGAUGUGUUCAAGUCCUUGUUCUCCUAUGUUUCUGGUUCAAGGACAUUAUCAGAGGCAAGCAAAUGGUCUUUGAUUUCCAAAUUGGUCCCUUCCAGACAAGAGCCAUCCGAAGAAGACGAUUGCUUGAACAAAAAUAGAUUUGCAGUUGUUGAUGCUGCCCUUCACAUGCUGAUCAGGCACAAGACAGUCGCAUGUAUCAACAAUGCGGAAAUUGACAAGUUGAGAGAACAUUUAGAAGAUCUUGAGUCAUUAGUCAUAGAUCUUGAAAGGUCAAUAGAGUGUUUGUGUAGGCUAUUGAUAAAAUCCAGAGUGAUUCUUCUUAAUAUGCUCAACCACUAAAUAUGCACCUCUUAGAGAUACGAGAUAUAAUCAGUAUCGGAAAAUAUAUCUCUAACAACCUUAUGUGCCCAAGUACAUAUCUUUUUCCUGUAUACAAAUUUUUUUGCAUGAAUGAGAUAAGGUCUAUUAAUUUUCUUCUUCCA